AUGGCCGGAAAAGGAGAAGGACCGGCGAUCGGGAUCGAUCUCGGCACCACCUACUCUUGCGUCGGAGUUUGGCAGCACGACCGCGUCGAGAUCAUCGCCAACGAUCAGGGCAACAGGACGACGCCGUCUUACGUUGCGUUUACCGAUAGCGAGCGUUUGAUCGGCGAUGCGGCCAAGAACCAGGUCGCUAUGAACCCUGUCAACACCGUUUUCGAUGCAAAGAGGUUGAUUGGUAGGAGAUUCUCUGACCCUUCUGUUCAGAGUGACAUGAAGCUCUGGCCUUUCAAGGUCAUUCCAGGCCCUGGUGAUAAGCCCAUGAUUGUUGUUACAUAUAAGGGUGAAGAGAGGCAAUUUGCUGCAGAAGAAAUCUCGUCCAUGGUUCUCAUCAAGAUGCGUGAGAUUGCUGAGGCCUAUCUAGGCUCAUCUGUGAAGAAUGCCGUUGUUACUGUCCCAGCUUACUUCAAUGAUUCUCAGCGUCAGGCUACCAAGGAUGCUGGGGUCAUUGCUGGGCUUAAUGUGAUGCGUAUUAUCAAUGAGCCCACCGCUGCUGCUAUUGCUUAUGGUCUUGACAAGAAGGCAACCAGUGUUGGCGAGAAGAAUGUCCUGAUUUUUGAUCUUGGAGGAGGUACUUUUGAUGUCUCUCUUCUCACUAUUGAAGAGGGUAUCUUUGAAGUCAAGGCUACUGCUGGAGACACCCACUUGGGAGGAGAGGAUUUUGACAACAGAAUGGUGAACCACUUUGUCCAAGAAUUUAAGAGGAAGCACAAGAAGGACAUCACCGGAAACCCAAGAGCUCUGAGGAGGUUGAGAACAGCGUGUGAGAGGGCAAAGAGGACUCUCUCAUCCACUGCUCAGACUACCAUUGAGAUUGAUUCUUUGUAUGAGGGUGUCGACUUCUACACAACAAUUACCCGUGCAAGAUUCGAAGAGCUCAACAUGGACCUCUUUAGGAAGUGUAUGGAGCCAGUUGAGAAGUGUUUGAGGGAUGCGAAGAUGGACAAGAGUACCGUCCAUGAUGUUGUGCUUGUGGGUGGUUCUACUAGGAUUCCAAAGGUGCAGCAGUUGUUGCAAGACUUCUUCAACGGAAAGGAGCUUUGCAAGAGUAUCAACCCAGAUGAGGCCGUUGCUUAUGGUGCCGCUGUACAGGCUGCUAUCUUGAGUGGUGAAGGCAAUGAGAAGGUGCAGGAUCUAUUGCUUCUUGAUGUCACUCCUCUGUCUCUUGGUUUGGAGACUGCUGGAGGUGUGAUGACUGUGUUGAUCCCAAGGAACACUACCAUUCCAACCAAGAAGGAGCAAGUGUUCUCUACCUACUCAGACAACCAACCCGGUGUCUUGAUCCAAGUCUUUGAGGGUGAAAGGACCAGAACCCGUGACAACAACUUGUUGGGAAAAUUCGAGCUCUCUGGAAUUCCUCCAGCUCCAAGGGGUGUGCCUCAGAUCACAGUCUGCUUUGAUAUUGAUGCCAAUGGUAUCUUGAAUGUCUCUGCUGAGGACAAGACCACAGGCCAGAAGAACAAGAUUACCAUUACCAAUGACAAGGGAAGACUGUCCAAAGAAGAAAUCGAGAAGAUGGUUCAAGAGGCUGAGAAGUACAAGUCGGAAGAUGAGGAGCACAAGAAGAAGGUGGAGGCGAAGAACGCUCUGGAGAAUUAUGCCUACAAUAUGAGGAACACUAUUAAGGAUGACAAGAUUGCUUCCAAGCUCGACGCUGCUGACAAGAAGAAGAUUGAGGAUGCAAUUGAGCAGGCCAUUCAAUGGCUUGAUGGCAACCAGCUUGCUGAGGCGGAUGAGUUUGAGGACAAGAUGAAGGAGCUUGAGAGCAUCUGCAACCCGAUCAUUGCCAAGAUGUACCAGGGUGCCGGUGGUCCUGAUGUCGGUGGUGGCAUGGAUGAAGAUGUUCCUCCUGCUAGUGGCAGCGGUGCUGGUCCCAAGAUCGAGGAAGUUGAUUAA